AUAUUAGUUUUUUUUGUCUAAAACAGAAUCAUGGCUAUACCCUCUUUCAAACAUUUGUUGAUGUUUUGGAUCAUUGUGCUCCUUGAGUACCUUACUUUGGCUCAAUUUCCUGAUUAUCACUCGGUGAAAAUACCCACAACGUGGAUAAACAGUAAUGUAUCGUCUAUCAAUGUUACAAAGCCCUUGACAUGGCCUUUUUACUCAUUCAAUCAAUCAUCUGGACCUUUCAUGCGAAUUCUGAUGCUCAAAGAUAUAGAAAAGGACAUGGGAUAUGCUUGUGGUUUUGCUUCAAAUGGAGAGGAUGAUGCCUUUGUGUUUUCCAUUGGAAUUGUACGUCUUCGUCAGGACUUUCUAGGAGCUCAGCGCUGGACUGACCUUGAGCUGGUCUGGUUUGCAAACAGAAACCAUCCAAUUCAUGAAAAUGGAACGCUGCAAUUGCUGCAAGAUGGAGAUUUAGUGUUAAAAGAUGUGGAUGGAACUCUUGUAUGGUCUACAGGCACCGCGAAUAAGUUUGUUUCGGGCAUUAAGAUGAUGGAGACUGGGAAUCUUGUGCUUCAUGACAUGUAUAAUCAGUCUGUCUGGCAGUCUUUUGAUCAUCCAACAGAUGCACUGCUUCCAGGUCAGAAAUUAAGGGCUGGUCAAAGACUUGCGGCUAGAGUUUCUUCGUCCAAUUGGAGUUAAGGUAACUACUAUAUCUCUGUAACCAAUCAAGGCUUGUUUGCAUU